CGAGGGGUGCGGCUCGCGGAAGGAGGGAGCGCGAGCGGCGGUUGGUUGGUUGCCCUGCCGGCCGCGAGGGCGGCGGGCGGUGGGCGGUGACGUGGCCUGGCGGGGCGGCUGUUGCUAACGGGCGUAGAGAUUAUGAGCCGCGGAUGUCGCACAUGGCCCCAAACACCAUGGCGGGCACGACCGUGGACUCCCUGUACUCGCAGAAGGAUACAACAUUGAAUAAAAGAGAGAGAUUUGAAGAUUUGAUGGAAGAGCGCAGGCAGAGUAGUGAUCUCAGAUAUGCCAUGCGAUGUUACACUCCAGUGGUUUACAAAGAUCUUGUGCCCCGUACACCCAGUGCUCUCAGGAGUGUUGUGUUGAAAUCUGAUCCAGUGCAAUAUGUCAUCAAACAGCUAGCAAAAGAAACUGGUGAGUCUCCAGAUAUCAUCAGUGAUGAAGCAUCCGAUAUUUUGGAAAAGAUGGGCCACAGCCUUCGCUUAAGUAUUGUCCGAUUCUUUGCAUUCACUCUGAGCAAAAUCUUUAAAAUGCUAUUUCACAAAGUCCACGUGAAUGAGGAGGGAAUUCAAAAGCUCCAACAGGCCAUACAAGAAUAUCCAGUAGUUGUGCUGCCAAGUCAUCGCAGUUACAUAGACUUCCUCAUGUUGUCAUACAUAAUGUACACUUAUGACCUCUCCUUACCCGUUAUUGCUGCAGGAAUGGAUUUUAUGGGAAUGAAAAUAGUCGGCGAGAUGCUACGGAUGUCGGGCGCUUUUUUCAUUCGCCGUUCAUUUGGAGGAGAUAAACUUUACUGGGCAGUUUUCUCUGAAUAUGUGAAAACAAUUCUCCGGAACGGUGAUGCUCCUGUUGAAUUUUUUCUGGAGGGGACUAGAAGUCGUACUGGAAAGUCACUGAUGCCCAAAUUGGGACUGUUAAACAUAGCAAUGGAACCUUUUCUGAUGGGGGAGGUUUUUGACAUGUACUUAGUUCCCAUAAGUAUAAGCUACGAGCGAAUCCUGGAGGAGUCCCUGUAUGCACACGAACUGUUAGGCGUUCCGAAGCCAAAGGAAUCAACGUCGGGUUUACUGAAGGCUAGGAAGAUUCUAAGUGAAAACUUUGGAAGCAUACAUGUUUACUUCGGGCAGCCUGUGUCAGUGCGAUCCCUAGCCACAGGAAUCGUUAGGCGAUCUCAUUAUAACUUGUUACCCAGGCAUAUUCCACGAAAGCCCUCUGAGGAUGUGCACAGGUUUCUUGAUGCUGUAGGCCAUAAAUUAGUGUUGUUGCAGCAGAAAAACAUGGUCAUCAGUCCCUGGGUACUGAUGGCUACAGUGAUCAUCCAAAAUCUGCCUGGCCUAACUCUGACAGAACUUACUAGGCAGACAUUGUGGCUCAGGACAAUUGCAGAAGUAUUUGGAGCUUCCAUCGACUGGCCAGAAAAUGUAACGCCUGACAAAGUGAUUCGUUCUAGUCUUGCUCUACGCCACAAUAUAGUGAAAACAAUCAAAAACCAGGUUGUGCUUUGCCAAGAAGACACUCCGGCAGAAUUCACAGUGGAAAUGAUUUUCAAACGCACUGUCUCGGUGCUAAUGUGUGCUUCCUACAGAAAUCAGAUAUUACAUGUCUUUGUGCGUCCGGCGUUGGUAGCAAUUGCAUUUCAGAACACACAAAGUUGCAAAAGAGAGGACAUCUUUGGGUGCUUCAGCUACUUGCGUGAAGUCCUCUCUGAUGAGUUUGUUUUCUUGCCAGGAAAUCUUGUCAAGGACUUUGAUGAAGGCCUGUACUUGCUGAUGAAGAGUGGUGCCAUUCACAUGUCUCAGGCAGAUCUCCAUAUAUCUGAGAAGGGAAAUACAACCAUUUCAUUUUUAUCAGUGAUGUUUGUGCCUUUUCUGGAAGGUUAUCGGGUUAUUUUCAAAUACCCGUUGCACCCGGAAUUUGCAGACGAUUUUACUGAGAAGAGCUUUAUUGCUGCAUUCCGAACCUAUGCAGCUGAACUCAUUCUGACAGGUGCCAUAAAGUAUAAUGAGGUCCUUUCAACGGAUAUGCAAAAGAAUGCAUUGGCUGCUUUAAUCCGGUUAGGUGCCGUGGAAAAGUUUAAGACAGCUGAAGGGAUCAUCUGCAAGGUGAAUAAACAGACGCUUGGUAGGGUGGUGGACAUGUUGGCGCCCAGGAUACCAGUGAAAAAUGCUGCUGUGGCCAGACUCUGAGCACAACAUAUUACUCAUGAUGGCUCACAGAUCGGUGGAAUUUGUCGUGUUUUUUAAUCGAUGAAAGUGGGAACCAAACCCAGCUGGAAAAGAAAUGUUGCUGGAAACGGAUACAGUGAGCUUAUCGCUUACUUGAGCUUCCAAGGUCGCAAAAGCCAGACCUGCACUGAUCAGGAGCAAGAAAUCCCUAUACUACUCAUUUUAUGCUUCAAGUUGCUGUAACCUGUGGUGUCUUUUGUUUUUUUUGAUAAGUUAUGUAAGUGCAGAUUUUGUUCAGGUAAACAUUAAUAUAACCACAAUAGUAUGUCGCAGUCAAAACAACAUUCAGCUAAAAGUGCAACAGGGUCGGUGGUGAAGUUUACAGUUUGAUUUUUGUCUGUCUUGAACACCUGUUUUAUCUGGGGAUUUGUUGGAGCUAUCUUUGAAAUCUGUUUUAUCCUCAGUCUUUCUGUUGUCACCACAUCCAGAAAAUUGCCAAUGCGGAAUAAGACCUGUUUCAGUGGAAGGAUCCUGUUUGCAUUUGCCUCAGUUCAGUUCAUUUCCUUCGUUCAUGUAGAGCCUUAAAUGACAUGGGUGUUGGUUUGCUCAGCAGCUGACAGUGGAGUUUCAUGGCAGUUAACUAUUCUUCAAAGGACCUUAACAUUGGAUAAUUGAAUUAAUUCUUUUUUUUACUUUUAUACUGCAAUUAGGACAGCAAAACCAGAAACUUGUGUGAAUGCAUAAGCAUUUAGAAUAAAGGCACUUCAACUAAUCCUGGGCACGGCUGUCUGGGGAUUGUAAUGAUAGGAGAGGCAGCAAGAAAAUGGCUGGAGUUUACAUCCUUUCGCCUUCUAUGUGGAAAUUAAUGAAAUGGCCAAAACAAUUAACAUUUGUUUAUUGCUGUGUGCUUCACAGCUUUAUCGGAAUAUCUGUAAAAAAAAUUAGCUUUGCACGCGUCUAAUUCUGUAGGUGGCUUCCUAACAUUGCGGAGACUGUAUAUAAAAGGAAAAACAAUUUAGGGGGAAUGAAAACACCCAAGACAUGCUGCGGGUGGUGAUGAGGGGGAAGAUAAAGGCAUGUUCAAUUGCACUAUUUGGAUCCAAGCAACCACUCCAGAAAUGAAACCCUGGGCACACUCCAAAAUGGAUGAUAAUGUGGUCAAUCUGACAAUUAGCUUCCUCGAGAAACAGGAAUGUGUAGUCAUCACAGAAGUGGAGAGUUUAAGGUCAGACUCUCAAUUGGAUCACCCUUGAAAGAUGCCCACAGUGACCACUCUGGCAGUUGGAAUACUCCAGAAACAGGGGCAAGGGUCACUCCAGAAAUGUGCUCGAUCUGGCUGUUGGAUCACUCCUGAAGUAGGAAAUGUGGUAGUUGUGAUAUUUUGGGUCACUCCUGAAGUAGAGAUUCUGGUUACUGAUAUUUAGAUCACUCCUGAAGUGGGCAUUGUGGCUACCCUGACACUUGAGUCACUCCUAAAGUGUGAAAUGUGGUUACUGCAACACUUGGGUCACUCCUGAAGUGGGGAUUCUGGUUAUUGAUUUUUAAAUCACUCCUGAAGUGGCCAUUGUGUUUACUAUGACAUUUGGUUUACUCCUGAAAAAGGCUCAUGUACCAUUGUAGACAUAAGAUGAGGAUGAAGUGCCACAUAGCUCCAUAAGGGUGACGGUUAUUCAGAUACAUUAGUUUAGCAGUCAGCGUCCAGAUGGUAAUGGAACUGAACCAUUAAACCCCUGUUCAAACCAUUUUGUUAAAAGAACAUUUAAAACAUGGUUGAAUAUUUGCAAUUUCCCUUAAUAAAUUAACAGUGCUAAUCCAA